AUGGCUCGUCUGCAGGCGCGCAUGUCUGUGGCGCCCGAGCGGAUAAAGGCCCAGUUUCCUGGCCUCAAGCCAACCGUUUACGACGAUCCUGCUGCCAGGAAGAUCCCAAACAACAUCCGAACGCUUGCUUGGAACCCAUUGGGAACAUGGAUUGCGACUGGUUGUUCUGACAAGACACUCAGAGUCUGGAACGUUGACAAGCCCAAUGUGCGACAAAGCACGGAUUUGAAGGGACACACAACUCCAAUCGAGAAGGUCGCCUUCAAUCCUGUCAAGGAGCUCGAGUUAUGCAGCGUAAGCGCCGAUGGAACGGUCAGAUUCUGGGACGUAAAGACCAAGGCUGUCCUGAACGAGAUCAAGGGCCUGGGCGAGACGUUUACGCUGGCAUGGGCUCCAAACGGCGAGCAUGUAGUAGUGGGAAAUAAGGAAGACAAGCUUUUCGUGCUCUCCCCGUCACAGAAUACACCGGUGUCAGAACACCCUCAAUCAGUGCCAACCAACAAUAUAGCAUUCUGCUGGAGUGGCCAGAGGAUAUUCGCGGCUACAGGAGAUGGCAAGACGAGGAUAUUGUCAUUCCCGGGCUUCGAGCCUGCCUACCAGUUUGACUACAAGGAAGGGCCGGAGGCGGAGUUCAUGCUGCGAGGCCACACAUCUUCAUGCACAGUCGCUGAACUGCAUCCGUACAACCGAUUCCUCGCCACAGGUGGUACAGAUUCCCUGAUAUCGUUAUGGGAUACAACCGAGUGGAAUUGUCAUCGCACGAUCACGAAGAUGGUUGGUCCAAUACGGAGCAUAAGCUUUUCUUGGGAUGGUUUGUUCCUUGUGGGUGGGAGCGACGAGGGGAACGGUCUCGAAAUCAGCUUAUCAGAGACUGGCGAGCACCUUUGCACCUACAAGACGGCAUCGCCGUCACCAACGGUGGCCUGGGCGCCAAACCGCUAUGCCUUGGCGUACACUGAUAUGGGCAGCCUUCGGAUCAUUGGAGCAAGUGCGGGCAGCAAAUAG